AUGGCCUGGCUCUGGGCCGCCUCCUGGACCCCGCCCUGGGAGUACUACGCCUCGCUGUACCCGUCGGGGCUGCCCGAGCCGUGCGACCGGGGGUCCGUGCGGGCCUUCGGCCGGGUCUUCCAGCCGGCCGUGCUGCUGCCCGUGGCCGCCCUGGGGCUGGCGGGCAACGGGCUGGUCGUGGCCACGCACCUGGCGGCCCGGCGGCGGCGCGGGGGGGGCGGGGGGCCCCGCUCCCCGACCUCGGCCCACCUGCUGCAGCUGGCCCUGGCGGACCUGCUGCUGGCCCUGAGCCUGCCGUUCGGGGCGGCGGGGGCCCUGGGCGGCUGGGCCCCGGCCGCCUCGCUGUGCCGGGCCGUCCUCGGCCUCUACUCCGCCUCCUUCCACGCGGGCUUCCUCUUCCUCGCCUGCGUCAGCGCCGACCGGUACCUGGCCGUCCGGCGCCUGGCCCCGGCGGCGGGGGGGCGGCGGCGGCGGGGCCCCGGGCCGGCCCGGGCGGCCACCCUGGCCGUCUGGCUGCUGGCCCUGCUCCUGGCCCUGCCGGCCCUGCUGUUCGCCCGGGACGGCGGCGGGGCCUGCCGCCUCGUCUUCCCCGAGGGCCCGGCCCAGGCCCUCAAGGGGGCCAGCGGCCUGGCGCAGCUGGCCCUGGGCUUCGGCCUGCCGCUCGGGGUCAUGGUGGCCUGCUACGCCCUGCUGGGCCGCACGCUGCUGGCCGCCCAAGGCCCCGGCCGGCUCCGCGUCCUGCGGGUGGUCGUGGCCCUGGUGGCCGCCUUCGUGGCCCUGCAGCUGCCCUACAGCCUGGCCCUGCUGCUGGACACGGCCGACGUGCUGGCCGCCCGGGAGCGGGGCUGCCCCGCCAGCGAUCGCCAAGCCGUGGCCCUGCUGGUGACCAGCGGGCUGGCCCUGGCCCGCUGCGGCCUCAACCCGCUGCUCUACGCCUUCCUGGGCGGACGCUUCCGCCGGGACCUGCGCCGCCUGCUGCGGGACUGCGGGGCCCGUAGACGCCCCCGCCUCUCCUCCUCCUCGCCCCCCACCGAGACGCCCCCCGGCCUCUCCCGCUAG